AUGGCAUUCUCCAACAUCCACCUCAGCUUCUCGAAAGCCAUCCUCCUUGGCUUGCUUGCUGCUACCUCCUCAACUGCCGCCGCUAUUGACAAUGCGGACGUGGCUGCCAGGGACUACGCUCCUCCCCCACCACCCCCAUCCUAUGUUCCGCCCCCUCCACCACCAACCUACGGACCUCCACCACACCCAUCUGUCUGUGUCCCCACCUAUAGCUACAGCUAUGUAACUCAGCUUUCCACCCUCCCAGUCGUCAAGACCUAUACCGUCUUGAGCACCAGCACUAGCUACAGCGUUGUAACCUCCGUCAGAACCCUAAGCUACGCCAGUACCUGUCCAACCACAUCCACCAAGCCCACCAUCCCAGUCUACACCCCUCCCACUCCACCAACCACCAAGCCAACACCUCCUGUGUAUUCAACUCCGACCACCAAGUCUACUUCCAGCAAGUCGCCUCCGCCAACUUAUGUUCCACCACCUCCUCCCACCACGUCCAAGUCCAUCCCGCCUCCAACUGUUUACACUCCUCCACCAACAACGCUGGUCACGUACAAGCCGUCUACCCCAACCACUAAGACGACGACUUCGAGCAAGCCGAGUGUACCGGUUUACUCCCCACCAGUUUAUACGCCUCCAACUUAUGUUCCAGUUGUUCACUACUAA